GUCAGCUGUGAACGUGUUGAACAACUGAUAUUGUCCAGCCGCGGCUCCACCGGAACAGAAGCAGUUUCUCGUCACGGUCACUGGUGCUCGGCAGCGGUUCAGUGUGACUUGAUCAGAUCGGUCCUGUGGAUUGCCUGCGAAGGAGCGUCAUCAUGGCCUCUGCCACCUCCACCCCCUUCCCCACCAGCGGCCGCUCCAGCCGCAACACAUCCCGCCGCAGCGCAGCCGCCGGACUGUCCGCUUCCAGCAUCAGCCCGUCCCGCCUGUCCCGCAUACACGAGAAAGAUGAGCUUCGACAACUCAACGACCGCCUCGCCAACUACAUCCAGCGGGUCCAGGAACUGGAAAGCGAGCGCUCCUCCAUGCUGGGGCAGCUGGAGGAGAAGGACGAGUCGACUAGACGGGAGAUGGGCAACGUGCGGCGGCUUUACGAGCAGGAGCUGGCUGAUGUCAGAAGCUCCCUGGACGGCCUGGCCGGGGAGAGGGCCCGUUUGCAAAUCGACUACGGGAACCUGCGCGAGGACAACAGGAAACUUCAGGCCAGGAACCAGAAGAAGGAGGGUGAUCUGGCGAAUGCUUUGGCCCAGUGGAGGAGACUUGAGGCGACGCUGAGCUCCAAAGAUGCUGAAUGCACAAAGCUGCUCUCUGAGCACAAGAGACUCCAGGAUGACUUUACUGACCUGCAGGGCCAGCUGGAAAACGUGGAGGGUGACAUGUCGGAGACCAAGAACCAGCUGAACUCAGAGAUCCUGAGAAGGGUGGAGCUGGAGAACCAGGUGCAGACACUCAAAGAGCAGCUAGAACUCCAGGGGAAUGUCAGUGAGCAGGAGGUCUUGGAGAUCCGAAGCCGGUACGAGAGCCGCUUGGUGGAGAUGGACACGGGAAGACAGAGAGACUUUGAGAGUAAACUGUCUGAAACAAUGCAGCAUCUACGCCAGGACUAUGACGUUCAGCUUCAGCAGUAUAAAGCAGACCUCGACAAGACCUUCAGUUCAAAGUUAGAGAAUGCCCAGCAAGCUGCACUGGAGAAAAACUAUGUUAUGUCAACCACCAAAGACGAACUAGUCAGCACAAGGCACAGAAUAGAGAGCCUCAGCCUCCAACUCCAGCAGUACCAGAAAGAUAAAAUGGAGCUUGAGAUCCGCUCUCAGGAGCUUGAGAGGACUUUGGACAGGGAGAGGGAGGUCUGGCAGCAGAAACUGUGUGAGAAGGAGCAGGAUCUGCUGGACAUGAGGAGUCAGAUGAACAGCAAGCUAGAAGACUACGAGAACCUGCUUGACGUCAAGCUUGCUCUAGACAUGGAGAUCAAUGCUUACAGGAAGAUGCUUGAAGUGGAGGAGCAGAGAUUGCAGCUGUCACCUAGCCCCUCCCAGCACUCUCUCAUUCCUCGAACCCAUGAACACAGCAGCCGCAAAAUCAGAGGGAAAAAACGAAAACACGAGGGAGCGUCUGGCAACUCGCCUGCCUACAAAAUGUCCAGUCGAUCAACAAACCAUGGUCCUGUGAGCGUGGUAGAAGUUGACAUGGAUGGAAAAUAUGUCAGAUUGAAGAACAACAGUGACACAGGACAGCCACUUGGGGGUUGGGUAGUUCGGAGGAUUUAUCCACUCUCUGAAGACAUUUUCUUCCACAUCCCCUCCUCCUGUGUCCUGGCUGGCUGGCAGAUACUCACAAUCUGGGCAGCAGGAGCAGAAAUGGAGGCCGACUCUGGGGACCUGGUUCUGCAGGGCCACAGGAGCUGGGGCCCCAUUUCUGAUGUAAGGGUGGUCCUCCUGAACCCAAACCAUGAGGAGAUGUCUGAGCGCAGGGUGUGGAUGACGAACAGAGGGGACGAGGAAAAGGAGCUGGAGUUUGAAGAAUUUGUCGCAGGCAGUGACAUCCAGCAUUUUCAGAGAAAGGAUCUAUCUAAAGAGACAAACUGCGCUGUCAUGUGAUUGUAUCCACUUCCUGCUCUCAUUCACAUCUGCCUGGAAAACUCUAGAUCGGCUCAGGCCUCUGAUCUCCAGAACGCAUGUCUGAGUGGUGUUACUGUUGUUCAAUGCAGAGUGUCACUGUGACAAACUACAGUAUGAUGUUUUAGUUUGACUGUGAAGAGGCCUUACAGUUACCGUAUCAACCUCAAUAAUCCUUACUUGUUCCCUCUUUUAACCUCUAGCUGCACAAGGUAUGAGCUUUGCCUUGAUUUGAUUUUAAAUGAACGUGUGUAUUUGAAAUAAUAAAUAUUGUGUUUAUAGUAAGGGUUAGGAUCAUAAAUGCAGAGAAAGCUCAUGACAAUGCACAGGAAGACACACGUGUGUGUGUGUAUCAAGCUGAGGAACUAUGAUAAAUAUAUUGUUUAGACACAUGGAGCAAGAUGAAAUAAUGUAGUGUGUGUGUGUAAAAAGCCAAAUUAAAAGCUGUAAGUUUCAGAUAUCAUGCACCCAAUAAAAGCAUUGAACAAAAAGGCCUUAAACUUUAUAUGGUACAAAUAUACUAAGUAUUAAAUUGUAAUCAGUGAAAAAAUAUACCAUAUUCAUGGAGUUGUAUGACACUAACAUAUCUCUGCAAUAAUGACGAGCAUGUUGCCACAAAGUGUCAGAAAUAAAAUUAAUCAUCGAGGUAAAUACACAAUCUUACUGAGAUUUUUCAUCCAGGGAUGCAAUUAUGCUGCUCAAGGUAUUCAACAAUUACAGUUCAAAAAUAUCCACAUCAAACUCAGUAUUGUUAGUAUGACAAACUAUAAUUGCUGUGAUUGUUUCAGUUGUGAUGUCAAUUUACUCUAGCACAUUGGCUGUAUAUGCCAGGAAAUCUGAAAUGCUUUUUCGCACUUUGCUU